AUGUGUCUUCUAAUACUUCUAACGAUCCUCGUACUGUGGUGCGAAUUUACCACAAGCUCCGCUGCAGGACUACUUCCAUUAAACUUUCGUUGGAACGGCGGCGGACUGCCGAAGGAAGCCCCGCCUACCAAAGUCUCAACAAGCAGGCACCUGAACGAUCUCAACUUCCAUCCAAGCAUUCAAAAGAUGAUGGUUACAGUUGUACCACAUCGUAAUGCCGACCUUCUCUUUUCUUCUCAUCCACCGAUUGCUCAGUCCAUCAGAGAAGAGAUGCUGAAAUAUGGAGGCAGUCUGCCGCUGAUACAGCUUUCGAGAACAACAUUUCCUAUGUCCAGACAGGUCUUAGCAUUUCCGCUCCGCGAGCCACACGGGCAAGGAGGUCCAGGUACAACGCUAGCAAUUGUAGUCAAGGAUGGAACUGACGGCUUCAAAGUUUUAAACUUUGGUCACAUCGCUGGUGUUCACCCGGACGUGUUUGCGAACUACUUGUCAUCUCUUACUGAAACAAAGGCGUCCUUUGUCACCACUCUCAGAAAGCUCACUCCAAACCUGAAGCUUGCGACUUUGCACUGGCUGCAUUGA